UCCUGGCCUUACCACUAGGAACAAGAAGCUACUAUAACAAGCCUUUUGGAGGGUCAGCUGCGUCUCUGCCAUGCUGCACCAUGAGUGUGGCCAGCUCCCUGUUCUCGUCCAUCUCGGGGUACAUCCCCACGUCAGUCAAGGAUGCUGCGGGCCUCAACCCACAGAUCUCAGAGGCCGUGCGGCAUAUCACCUGGCUCUCCAUCGAGCGGGUCUUGUGGCCGGAGGAGGAGCAUCGGCAGCUGUUGGUGAUCGGCUACACCGAUGGAUUUCAGGUUUGGGAUUUGCAAGAUCCAACGUCCGCCAAAGAGUUGGUGUCCAAGCAAGACAAGCCGGUUCUUCAGGCGCGCCUGCUGCCAUUCCCACUCUUGCCAGUCGAUGCCUCUGCUGACGUCAUGGGCGUGACUGCGGCUCCACUCAUGGCCUACUUGCACAAGGGCGCUCCUGCUUUGGUGCGACUCUUCUCCUUGAAAUCCCAUGAGGACGUCCACCUCCUACGCCUCACCGAGCCGGCGAAGCAUCUUCAGGCCUCGCGGAGGUUCCUCGCGGUGGGCUUCGCCAAGCAGGUGGAGCUUUUCGAUGCUUUGCACUUCCAGGUGCUUUUUAGUGUGCAGUGUCACGGUGCCUUGGGCCCAACCUUUGCACUUGGACAUCGGUGGCUGGCAUACAACCUACCACCCCAUGAGACUGUGUCAUCAUCCAGUGGUGCAGUGGCCCAUGCACCGGGUGUGCGGCGUCAACUGCCGACGGCGUUGAAGGAUGGCUUGCAGUAUUUGGGCCAGGUGGGGCAGAGGACGCUGGAUCAGGUCUUCAUGCCUCCGAGUACUGAUACCUUGUCCACAUCGAGCCCUGGAAGCUUGCGCAGUGGAAGCAUCGCGGUGCGAGAUGUGGCAUCGCAAAAUGUGAUCUCGCAAUUCGAGGACCACAGCGAGCCCAUCGAAGCGAUGAUUUGGGACCCCUCGGGGCUCCAAUUGGUGACCUGCGGAGCCUUAGGACAUCGGAUCCUGGUGCACCGAGCCAUGCUGGGCACAGGGGACACCCUGCUGGAGCAAGGAGGUUUGGCAGGGACUUUGGGUUUUCUCCGCUUUGAGCACCUCUUCACGCUCUCUCGUGGCUUAACCCCUGCGGUGAUCAGUGGCCUUUGCGUUUCAGACGACGCGCAGCUUGUCGCCGUGUCCUCGGCGAAGGGCACCACGCAUGUCUUCCACUUGCCACCCUUCCACGCUCAGCGCUACGACCGGCUGCUGGAGCCCGGCGCCGUCGCGCGGCACGGCGCCGGCAGUCGCAGUCCGGUGGGCCUCAACGUGUGCACCCGCGUGCGGAAUGGCUCGGUGCUUCUUCAAGAAGGUCUCCUGCCACAGUGCACCUUCUUCAACCCCCCCUCGAGGUCCUCAAGCAGCUUCCCCUGGAUGUACGUGGCCACGAGGGCAGGAUCAUUGGCUGUGUACUCCUUGAAUGCCAAUUCUGGUCCAAGCUCCGAGCCUGAGACUUCUGGCGAUGAGUGGGCGGCCUCCCUGCUGCGUGAGACCCGCAUUUGCCGCCCUCUGCGGCACUUCUGCGAGCGCCGCCUCGCCGAGCGCGGCCCUUUGGUGCCGCGGUCGGAGCGGGCUCCGGAGGAGGCCGAGCCGUCGACGUGGCUGGCGGAGGCGGAGACGGCCACGCAGCUGCCCCUCGAGGUGCCGCUGUGGAUGUCUCCUCAAUUGCGUUUCUACGCCUACCCCAGCGAUCUGCCCCCGGAGCGGCUGAACGCCCAGCUCCGCCGGGGCCUGGCACCGCCGCCGUCGCGCCGCGCCGUGGAGAUCACCGCGGUGCAGGGCGUGCCGCCGACGGAGUGGCGGAACGACGAGUGCGGCGAGUGGCUGGGCGCGCUGGGGGCGGCCGUGGGCAGCGAGGUGGCGGCUCCUCGAGAGGGAGUGCUGAGAGGACAGAGAGGAGUGAGGGAAGAAGAGGAGGAGGAAUGGGUGAAGGCUUAAAAUGCCAAAAGGUUUGGGUGUG